CUCCAGGAAGAGCUCGGCUGCGUGGCAUAGCGCUCGGCAAGGAUCCCACUGCCAGCAGUGUGGCAUAUCUGAGGCACCACAAGGCAUGGAGAUCCCGCACGUGCAGUGUGUCACCCUGGCGCUGGAGACGGACACCUCGGGUGGCCGGAAGAGGAGGGUGUGCCCGCCCGCUUGCCCACCACCACGGCGACGGCCAUACCAGGCUCCCGGCGGGCUGUCCACUACCAGCUUGCGGCGUAACGAGCGGGAGAGGAACCGGGUCCGGCUGGUCAACCUGGGUUUCGCCAACCUGCAGCGGCACGUGCCCCAGCGCGGGCCGGGCAAGAGGAUGAGCAAAGUGGACACCCUGCGGUCAGCGGUCGAGUACAUCCAGAUGCUGGAGGUCCUGCUGAAGGAACAGAGCUCAGGGGACUCCCAACUGUGCCCCAACUCAGCGACAGGCAGAGGAUCCAUCUCCGACUCCCCCCUCUCUUCUUACUCAUCCGAGGACACCUCUCACGACUCCAUCUACUCUGAGCAGGAAUUCAUGGCUUACAAGGACUGGCUGGUGAUUGAGUGAACAGGAGUUUGUGUUAUUUGGUCCAAAGAUUUCUUCAGAGGCAGUGGCUGCCCUGUUACUUUCCCCCAUUUUUUUCUGCAUGCUGACAAAACUCUCCUCUACACAGAGACUGUGGUCGAAAAGAAUGGGACUUUGAUAUCUCAGACAGUUUCUAUCUCAGAACUAUGAAUGGCACAAUUAGCCUGCUCCUCUCCGGGGCUCCCAGGAUGCUUCGGAUGUUAUUUAUGUUAUACAUACUGUAAAUGUUGAAGUUUUGUUAAGGUAACUUGGCGGGCUGGAGUAAUCCUCAUAAGCAGGAAGGGGUUACACUCUGGUAAUUUGGGGAGAUGGUGGGAUAGUGAUAAUGUUGCUAGACUAGUAGUCCCAAGGACCAAGCCAAUUCUUUGGGGACAUGGGUCCAAAUCCCACCACGGCAGCUGGUGGAAUUUAAAUUCAAUUAAUGAAUCUGGAAUAUAAAACUAUUCUCGGUAGUGGUGGCCAUGAAACCAUCACCGACAGUUGU